CAAAACAAAAAGUAAUGGCCAUCUAUUUGGGUCCAGUGGAAGGAGGAUUAGUCUAUUUCUUGUCGGAAUGCUGCAGGUGCGCUCGAGUUUUCUGUGUUUUCGCCUGGUAUCUACCCGUUUGCCGUGUUCGUCGGUUGGGAGUUUAUUAUCCGGCCGAAGUCUCAGCCGUCUUGAGGGUUAAAGCAGGCAGCUAGCCACGCUAAUGCUAGCUACUACAACCCACCCCGUGUGUAUAUGCGUGUGUAUAUGUGCCAGCGCCUGGAAGGGCGUUCUAGUUUUGACGUAUUCUGUCGGAAGUCUUUUCUACAUUUCUUGAAGUGUACCGUACGUAGCGUGGUCGUGUUUUUUUGUUUUUUGUUUUUCUUUUCGUAAGCGGCACAGUAUGCAGGGGGACAGGCAUUGCAAAAGCACAAAGACGACGAACCACAACUAAAGAGGAUUAAAAAGCUGCACGGUCUUCAUGGGGAAAAGUUGAGCUGAGGAUUAACAACCUGGGAAAGGCGAAGAGAGAGUCUUACAAACAGCGCGAGGACAUGCUAAAACCCCAGGGGGUGUGCAAAGGAGAGUUUUUUCCGUUUGAUUCAUAUGGCUUCAGUUCUGCACCCUUGGACAAAACCACCGAAGUUGCUUUUGCUUCCAAAGGUGAUGGAGGCUUCCGUUGUGAGUACAUCCACCGUGGCCCCUGAUGAGUUUGACAGGAAUGUACCACGGAUCUGCGGAGUGUGUGGUGACAAGGCCACUGGCUUCCACUUCAAUGCCAUGACUUGUGAAGGAUGCAAGGGCUUUUUCAGGCGCAGCAUGAAACGCAAGGCCUCCUUCACAUGUCCCUUUAACAGCAGUUGCACCAUCACCAAGGACAACAGGCGUCACUGCCAGUCAUGCCGCCUCAAACGCUGUGUGGACAUUGGCAUGAUGAAAGAGUUCAUUCUGACAGACGAGGAAGUGCAGAGAAAGAAGGACCUGAUUCAGCGGAGGAAGAAGGAGGAGGCACAACGUGAAGCAGAAAAGGAAGCACGGAGACCGAGACUCACAGAUGAACAGAGUCACGUCAUUGCCGCACUGCUGGAGGCACACCACAAAACAUACGACGAAUCCUACGCUGAGUUCUGCCGCUUUAGGCCUCCUGUGCGUGAGGGCCCAGUGACGCGAAGCUCGAGCAGAGCUGCCUCCCUCCACUCCUUCUCUGAUGCCUCCUCUGACUCCUUCAGUCACUCUCCAGAGUCUGUUGACACUAAAAUGAGCUUCAACAACCUGCUGAUGAUGUAUCAUGAACACAGCAACAGCCUGGACUCCAGUGACGAGGAAGGCUCCAGCUUCUCAAUGCUUCCCCACCUGGCUGACCUGGUCUCUUACAGUAUACAGAAAGUGAUUGGGUUUGCCAAGAUGAUUCCCGGUUUCAGGGAGCUAACUGCAGAGGACCAGAUUGCUCUGCUCAAGUCCAGUGCCAUUGAGGUGAUCAUGCUGCGGUCGAAUCAAAGUUUCAGCAUGGAAGACAUGACCUGGAGCUGCGGUGCGACUGACUUUAAAUACCAGCUCAGUGAUGUCACCAAAGCGGGCCACACCCUGGAGCUGCUGGAGCCUCUGGUGAAGUUCCAGGUGGGCCUGAAGAAGCUGAACCUCCAGGAAGAGGAACAUGUGCUGCUGAUGGCCAUCUGUUUGCUCUCUCCAGACCGUCCAGGUGUGCAGGACCACGUGAGAAUCGAAGCUCUCCAAGACAAGCUGUCAGAGACUCUGCAGGCCUACAUCCGGCUCCACCACCUGGGUGGACAGCUGCUGUAUGCCAAGAUGAUCCAGAAGCUGGCCGACCUGCGCAGCCUCAACGAAGAGCACUCCAAACAGUACCGCACACUGUCCUUCCAGCCGGAACACAGCAUGCAGCUCACUCCGCUGGUGCUGGAAGUGUUCGGCAGCGAAGUCUCUUAGAAUCCACCGCUGGUGAAAACGAAUGGAGAGAGCUGAGAAAGUGCCGGAUGGAUUUUAAGCUGACGUGGGUUACGGAGCAAGUGGAGCAGAGAAAGUGUAGUGCGUGUGCGUGCGUGAGUGCUGGUGUGCGUCUUCAUCUCUGUAACGUCUGAAGAAGUGUGUCUUGUUGUAAAGGCCAAGCUUGUGCGGAGAGCAAGCAGAUGUUAAAUAACACAGUAAACAAGGGAAUGUCAUGUACUACAAACUAAGCUAUCCACAGGACAUUUGCCUAUGUAUCUAUAUACAUGUUUUUCUACUUAUUUAAUUCAAACAGCUGCUUUAAGAUGCCUGGACAUUUUGUGCGUGCACGUGUUGUGUGCACACAACUUUUCACAACAAGCAUCCUCAGUUAUACAUUUAGCCAUUCAGUUCAGCUACCUCUUCAUUUUACUGGGUUGUUUUAUAACUACAUCACCUCGGUGAAGGAGUCGCUUUCACACAAACAGUUUGGAUACCGCACAUUUCUAGUUUACCAGUGCAAAAGCGGUGCCUGCACACAACUUUGAAUCUUUGGUCAUCUUGAAAUGGUUUUUUUGUUUUUGCUUCUUUCCAAGGCAACAUAUGAAAAUGACUGUGCACAAUUUAAACACAUGCCUUUCAAAGUUUCACCAAAGGUAUGGUCAAAUAAUCUAGAAACGGCUUCCAUUACUGCUGCUCCAUAGUUAGCUUUCCUCGUGCAGCCACUCUGCAAGUUGACUAUAAUGAAGGAAACUAUCGUCAUACGGAUUUAUACUGCAGAAUCCAGAGCAUUCUCUGUGGUUUUGUGAGGUUUUUGCUAGGACUUUAGGACUUUAAUGAAGUGGCUGGGUUUGAGGUGAGAAUUAGCCACUAGUUGUAUUAGCGAUUUUUACACUGCUAAUUAUUGAUCAAACCAAGACCUCUUAAUGACUUGUAACUCCUCAAAGUAUCUUUGAUUAAUCUAUGGUUUAAUUGUUGAUUUCUGUGUUUAUAAAUACUGCUAUCUCAUAUAUUCUAAGCACUGUUAAGCCACCCCUCUGCAUCCAGUAUAUUAUCACAGAUGUUUAAAGGGCUAACAUGCCAAACCGAACUGGAACAGUAAGCGGAGGCCAAAGCUGGGGGCCUAUCUUCUUGUUUAUAUAUAGCUGCAUACUUUACUUGGACUUGGCAUAAAUAUGGAAAUAAUUGCAAUAGUUGUUUUUUGCGCGUUUUGUGUCAUUUCGCUUAUAAAAACCAAUUCCAUGAAUUGUUCCUAUCCAGUAUACCGUGAGCUCAGAGGGCGGAGAGCUUGGGAAGCUGCUUCGGACCUCCACAAAUAUCACACCCCUUUCGUUUCUGACUGGGAAGUGGAUUUUCUAGAAUGUCCGAGGGCCGGGUCGUUGCAGAGGUGCUGUGCACCUCCACAGCCUGGCCCUCCUGUUUGAUGUUGUAUGCUGCGCAGCCCUCUAGUGGUUGCAUCCUGUAAAUACCAGGUAUAUAUAUUUACAUAUAUAUUAAAAAUAUAUAAUGUCUACCGCUGUACAUAGGGCUACAAGGAUCCUGAAGACUUUUUUUUUUCUUUUUUUCCCCCGCCCCAGAAAGAAAUAUGCAAACAUAAUUCGAUUCGGAUUUAUUAACACUUUAUUUUGAAGCACUUUGUUCUGUGUUUUUUUUUUUUUUGUUUGGGCAUAUCCUUCAGUAGAGACAGAUCAAGAAAUGGCUAAAACAGGGAUUGCUUGUGUGUUGGACUGAUUAUCAUCUGUUUAGUGUGAUUUCACUUUGCAAUGUAAAUUUUUAGUAAGAGGAUAAGCUGCUCUCACAUAUAAGCCAUAUAAAUUGCCAAGUUACACCUGCUAUAUUAAAGUACAUGGAACUGAUGACUCUGGAGACCUGGGAAUCAUCAUGUCCUUAGCUAAAAUGGCAUUUGUGAAUGACUUUCGGAACAUAAGCUUGUAUAUUUAUAGGAUUCUUCCUCCUCUCUGCUGUAAGUCACCUUUGGCUGAAGCUUCGCCAGACAGCAUCUAUUGACAUGUAAACUAAACUGCCAAGAAAGCAUUUAAGAGCAUUUAAGAACUGAGGCCAGUGUUGUCAGGCUACAUGUGGGGUUUAGGUUUGACCUUGAAAGAUGACAUGUCUUUUGUGUUGAAGCAAUUCUCCCACAGAAGUCAUUUUCACACUUCUCUACAACAGCAGUCGAUUUAAGUCAAAGGAAAAGAAAAACGUCUUUUUGUCUAUUUAAGCUAAGAGUAAACCACCACCCCAUGUCUAACCUCCAGACCUUAGAAAAGUCUCCACACUUCUUGAACCUUCAGAUUUUGUCACGUUACAGACGCAAACUUCCACUUGUUUGAUUUUGUGAGAGAGACCAACACAAAGUAGAAUAUAUUUGUGAAGUGAAAGAAGACUUUUUUGGAUGGGAAAGAAAUUAGUAUUGAAUUAUCCCCUCUCCCCCCAAAAUCCAGUGCGACUGUAUUUAGCUUGAUCCGUUUCUCAUCAUGUCGUCCUCUGCUUGUCUGUCAAAAGCGAAGAAAGACAUCACCACAGCAUGAGGCUGCCACCACCAAUUUUCACCUACAAGACGCUGCGUUCCAGAUGCAAGUUGUUCGCCACACAUGCCGCUUUUGGAAGUGGGUGAAAAAGUAGCUUGUUGAUCUCAAGUAGCACCUUUCGCCUCUCAAUUGUGUGCCAUUUUGUGUUGGAUAAAUCCAAGUUUGAGAUUGUAACCUGACAAAUGUAAAAAACAAAACAAAAAAAAAAAGAUACAGUGGGUGUUUUCUUUUUCGUCUCGGUAGGUAAAUGUAACUACAGAAGGAAGAUGGCGAAGGAAGAGAGCGCCUAGUUUUGUGGCGUCGUCUCCAUAUAAGGGCGCAUAAAGAGUUGUUGCUUUGAUCGGUUCAGCCCAGAUUUUUUGCUUGUUUUUUAAAUCCUCCACAAUGAUGAAGCCUGUUCUAAGUCACUGAGACUUUGUUUCAACACUUCAGUCACUGUGACGCUCUGUGAGCUGGUAGUCGGCGCUCAACUUUCAACCAGCUUUCGUAGCACAAGUUAAAGCCGCCCUUCAGUAUCCCAUCCUCAAAAAAAAAAAGAUAAUAAUGUCUAACUUUUAUUUUGUAUUUGAUUUGACGUGCCCUACAAACGACCCUGCUGUGAUUGAACUUGUUAGGAGUUAAAACUCGAUUGUGUUUAGGUAGUACCACUCGUGUGUGUUUAGUGCCAGUCUAAUGAAGGGUGGGGGGGUUUGUGAUGUGCUUGGUUACUGAACACUGGCUUCUGAAGAUUUGAAAGUCUCCAUGUUCAUUUUUUCCCCCCCGUUUCGUAUGACAAUGUGGGUUUUGAUUUUGCUCUGUUUCUUCUUCUUCUUCUCCUUUUUGAUUUGAUGCCCCGUUGAUUUGUGUGUGUCUGGCAGCGUGGGAGGAUCAGUGAAUGUGUAAGUGCCAGAGGGAGAGUUCCCUCCACACAAGAACAGGGUAACAGAGGAGUUGCACUUGUGGAUUUGACAACCGAACAGAAAAGCUCGCAAGAAUGUAUUGUAGCCACUAAUUAAACACUAAAUUAUUUUUGUGCUCAGUAUCACAUGGCGUCGGGGGAGACAUCCUCUUUUGUGCCAUUAAAUGCCAUUUAAUGGCACAUUAAAUGGCAUAGGAUGAGGCUGGCUAGGAUGAGGCUGCAUUCGCUCUGAUUACAUGUUAUUUUUCUUUUACUUUGUCUUUUCCUCUUAUUUAAUUUUCCCCCAAAUCACACCAAUACAUUAAUGGUGCAUCGUCAGAGAGUCCUGUUUUUUUUUUCUUCUUUUUGUUGUUUUUCUUUUGCUUUUUUUUUGUUUUGUUUUUUGUUAUUGUGACUAGGUUGCUCAGACUGUGUCUAGAUUUAUUUUUCAAGAACAGCAUCAUAACACAGUAACUACGCCUGCAAAAGACAUACGUUAAGGUACACUAUCACCAGCAAGCUUUACAGUUUCCCCUCUCGUUCUAAAGAUGUUUUUGUAAUUUUAUUUUAUUUUUCUUGUACAACUGUGGCCAUUACAAAUCCUGUCUGGAAUACAAAUGUAGAUUCACGCCGAACUGUCAGCCAUUGUCCACACAAAGGAUUUAAAGUUUUGGGUUUUUUCCCCCUUCAGAACAGGCAUUAUAAUGGAAUUGACAUAAAUGUAGUUCUUACAAAAAGGAGCGUCUGCAAUGGAUGUAUAUUAUGAUCUACCUAAAAAAAAAAAACAAACGAAAGAAAGAAAAACCUACCUCUUUUUAGCUCAUAUUUUUGCUUUAGCAUUAAGAAUUUGCCUCUGUUUUUACUUUUUUAAAUAUUUGUAUUCAUGUGGAUAUUUAUUGCUGUCUAAUGAGUCACACUUCAAUGAUUACCUCAGAGAUGUCUCACACAUUUUGGGAGAGUCCAGCUAACGAAGUCAUUCAUGGUUUUUGUUUGUCAUUUUGCAAUUUUUAUUUCCUCUGAAUUAGCAAUGCCUCCCCUCCACCUCCCCCUUCUUCACACACAAAAUACUAGGAGUGUUUUUUGUGUGCUUUGUUUAGUUUUUUUUUUGUUUGUUUUGUUUUUUUUAACCAGUGCCUGUACUCUGACCAUCUGCACUCUGGCUAGGAUGAGGCUGCAUUCGCUCAGGUCGCCGCAUUCUUAUCUGCACCGUCGCUUCUUUUAACUGUUUUUAUAACGACAGUCGCCGACAGGAUGCAGUUAAUCUCGCUGCCAUGAUGCUGAUAUCUGCGGCGUCUUCCCGUCGUUUUUCAAAGGAGAAACUAAAGAGAAAUGACCGGAGUGAAUGCAGCUGUAAGAAAACAACAACAACCACCUGACGGACUUUGCAACAGAAGAAGAGCGAUUUUUUCGGCAUAGCUUGAGCUCUGUAAUGCAUGUCUGUUUUUCUAGCCUUCUCCUUUAACCUUUUUCAGUAUUCUGCUGCAAAGUCUUCUUUUUUUUUUUUUUUUUUACAAUUUCCCACCAAUGGGAAGUUGAAGAGAAGAGGGAAAAUCCUCAAUAUCCAUGUAAUGCUGCUUCUUUUUGAAAUGUUAUUAUUAUUAUUGUUUUUUUUUUUAUUUUGGGCGCCAAAAUGUUGCGUGCAGUUGACACCACAAAUAACAUCGUCCAAAGUACGAGGCGGCAGUGGAGGGGGCAAGCCUCCUCGGAUUGUUGCGUCUUUCAGAACAUGUGCAACUUACUGGUGCUUCCUGGGAAAAUCUGUUCCAUUCAGAUCCUUCGCAUCAUAACGACAGCGUUCACGUUGGUGAGCCUUUCUUGUCUUCAUGUCAAACUGCUUCAGGUGAACACUGAAUGAAAUUGGGAGUGUUUUUAUUUUUAUUCAUUGGUGAGUAAAGGGGAACAGAGUUGCCGCAGCUAAAUCCGCCCUGAGCCGUGUGCCAUAACAGGAGCCCCUUCACCGCACAAGAGGAGGGUAUUAACGGGGCCGGCCGGCUCCACAAGUUCCUCCAGGAAAUUUCAACAGAAAGGUCAUCCGACCACAUGGUUGACUUCUUGUUUUGUUUUUUCUGUCAUUCAAUUGUGUAAUCCCAUUUUGUAAUGAACAAUUUGGAAUCUGGCAUGAAAUUCUCGCCCUGCACUUUGACUCCAAAUCCCACCCGAACCAACAAAACCACUUAAUAUAGCACUUGUGACAUGUAGACUGAUUCCAACUGCUAGCCGUAAACUGCCUGCAUCCGUCAGCAUGUCAGGGCUCAGUUCAUCAGGACAGUCGAGUCUCCUAAAUUCUAAUGUAAUUUCAAGAUAUAUAUAUAUUUUUUUCUAUUAUAAAUUGGUGUUAAUGUAAUGUUUAUUUUGUCUUGUUUUGCAAAUCAAAAAUAAAAAAUUGUAUAUAGCAAA